AUGGCUGAUUCCGAAGUCGGCCGCGUGGCCAGCGACGUUCCCGAUGCCGAAGAGUCGAUCCCAGGGGUGCGAGAGGGCGUUUUGAAGUUCUUCCCAGAAACCCGCUCGCAUCCGAAGGCGCUCUUGGGAAGCUGCCCUCUCCCACGGAACGUCGGUCAGUCCGACGGCCCCUCGGCUAAAUCCGAGGAACAAAAGGAGCCGACAGGGCUCGGGCUGUCGGAAUGGCGCCCGAUGCGUAUUUUUGUGAACGACGACCGCCAUGUUAUGGCCAAGCACUCGGCCGUGUACCCGACGCAGGAGGAGCUGGAGGCCGUGCAGAACAUGGUGUCCCACACGGAGCGAGCGCUCAAAGCCGUGUCCGACUGGAUCGACGAGCAAGAGAAAGUCGGCGGAGAGCAGCCGGAAACGGAGUCCAUGGAGACGGCGGCCGACGAGGAAAACAAGGAAGGAGGGGACCAGCAGGCGGCGGGGCAGCUGACGAGGAAACCCACCGCGGAUCUCCUGGAGAAGGUCGCCGACAACCUCGGAGUGCAGCUCGCCGCCAUCACGGAAGACAAAUACGAAAUAAUCCAGUCGGUGGGUGACGCCGCCAUCGUCAUCAAGAACACGAAGGAGCCGCCGCUGGCGCUGACCAUCCACCUGACGUCGCCCGUGGUCAGGGAGGAGAUGGAGAAACAGUCAGCCGGAGAAACGCUCUCAGUCACCGACUCCCCGGACGUUCUGGACAGGCAGAAAUGCCUUGCUGCCUUGGCGUCACUGCGGCACGCCAAGUGGUUCCAGGCCAGGGCCAACGGGCUGAAGUCGUGCGUCAUCGUGAUCCGAGUGCUGCGGGAUCUGUGCACGCGGGUUCCGACGUGGGCGCCGCUGAGAGGAUGGCCUCUGGAGCUGCUGUGCGAGAAGUCCAUCGGCACCGCCAACAGACCCAUGGGUGCCGGCGAGGCUCUGCGGAGGGUUCUGGAAUGCCUCGCCUCCGGAAUCGUCAUGCCAGAUGGUUCUGGUAUUUAUGAUCCUUGUGAAAAAGAAGCCACUGAUGCUAUUGGGCAUCUAGACAGACAACAAAGGGAAGAUAUCACACAGAGUGCUCAGCACGCUCUGAGGCUCGCCGCGUUCGGCCAACUGCACAAAGUCUUGGGGAUGGACCCUCUGCCUUCCAAAAUGCCCAAGAAACCAAAGAACGAGAACCCCGUGGACUACACCGUCCAGAUUCCUCCCAGUACGACGUACGCCGUCACCCCGAUGAAGCGACCCAUGGAGGAGGACGGAGAGGAGAAAUCUCCCAGCAAAAAGAAAAAGAAGAUUCAGAAAAAAGAGGAAAAACUUGAGCCUCCCCAGGCCAUGAACGCGCUGAUGAAACUAAACCAGCUCAAACCCGGCCUCCAGUACAAACUGGUGUCUCAGACUGGUCCCGUUCACGCUCCCAUCUUCACCAUGUCCGUGGAAAUCGACGGCAGCACGUUUGAGGCGUCGGGACCUUCCAAAAAAACGGCCAAAUUGCACGUGGCAGUGAAGGUGUUGCAGGAUAUGGGUUUGCCCACGGGAGCCGAGGGCAAAGAAUCCGGGAAAGGGGACGAAUCCGCAAACGUGAAACAGCAGGGACCAAUCCUGACGAAGCACGGCAAGAAUCCCGUGAUGGAGCUGAACGAGAAGCGGCGCGGGCUGAAAUACGAACUGAUUUCGGAGACGGGCGGCAGCCACGACAAGCGCUUCGUCAUGGAGGUGGAGGUUGACGGGCAGAAAUUCCAAGGAGCCGGUUCGAAUAAAAAGGUGGCAAAAGCCUACGCGGCCCUGGCGGCGCUGGAGAAGCUGUUCCCGGACGCUCCGGUUGCCAUCGAGCAGAACAAGAAGAAGAGACCCCCCGUGCCGGCGAGGGGGGGCCCCAAGUUCGCGGUGAAACAGCACAACCCGGGUUUCGGAAUGGGCGGCCCGAUGCACAACGAGGUGCCGCCUCCGCCCAACAUGCGCGGUCGCGGAAGAGGCGGCAACAUCCGAGGCCGAGGGAGAGGCCGGGGCGGAUUCGGUGGCAACCACGGGGGCUACAUGAACGCAGGCGCUGGGUACGGAAGCUACGGCUACGGAGGAAAUUCCGCCACAGCCGGCUACAGUGACUUUUUCACAGACUCCUACGGCUAUCAUGAUUUUGGGGCUUCCUAG